AAUUUAAUUAUAGUUUAAUCUUGCGUUAAUUCUUAGUGGUGUAAUAUACACUCUGCAAAAUAAUAAAAUGCCACGUUUCAGCGUAGAUACAAAUUUACCAGCUUCAAAAAUUCCCGAAGAAUUUUUGAAUGCUGCCACUAGUCUUCUUUCUAAAAGUCUAGGGAAAAGACAAUCAUAUUGCGUAUCAACAGUGAAUCCUGGUGUAAAAAUGACACUUGGUGGUUCCAAUGAUCCCUGUGGAUUUAUUCAAGUAACAAGUAUUGGGAGUUUGGGACCCGCAGAGAAUCCCAAACAUAUGGAAGUUUUAACUGACUAUGUACAUAAAAAUCUUGGAAUUCCGAAAAACAGGCUGUUAAUAAAUUUACAAGCAAAUAAUCAAGAAACUACCGGUUAUAUUGGAACCACCUUCCAUCAACUCUUUACUGUUGAAAAAGGAAAACGACUUUAAAGAAAAAAAUUGAUUAUACUUUGAUUGAUAUUUUAAAAUAUAUUUGUAUAUAUGGAGAAAUUCA